AUGGAGUGGCUCUCGGCAGCCGCUGUCCAGGACGUGUUGGACCCGCCGCGUCCGAGCCCCUUCAGUCAGCUGGUCUACACCAGCAACGACUCUUAUGUGAUCCACUAUGGGGAUCUCAGGAAGAUCCACAAAGCUGCCUGGAAGGGCCAAGACUGCAAGCUGCAGAAGAUGAUGAAUAAGAAGAUGAAGAAGAAGAAGACAAUGGACCUGAACAUAAGAGACGUGAAGAAGAGGUACCAGGCCCUGCCCGAGCCCGCGCUGCAGGAGGAGGUGGCGGCUGUGGGAGGAUCGCCCCUUCAGAGUGCGGGGCUGGGGGCCUGGGCACCAGGGGAGCAGCUGGAGGAGUGGGGGGCGGCGGUCCUGGGCCCUGGGGUCUGGGCCUUCGUCCUGGGCAGGGGUCCCCCAGGCCGGGGGUGAGGGCGCCCUGCAGGGCGGAGGGCCCAGGCCACCUUGAAAUCAGCCCCAAACUUUAGCUGCUUUCCCUUCACUCCCACUUCCCAUCACAGAGCUCUGUCUAGAGAAUUUUUUUUCAUUCAGUUGUCACUUUGUUGCAAGAUGGUAGAAUUAACUACAAAUUUAAACUAUAACCUUGGUAAUCUUUAGUCGGGCAGCAAGUUUUUAUAAAGGCAAAGUACUUAUACAGAAGUGAUCAUGGAACAACUCAAAUGCAGAGUAAGAAGGAUCAGAAAUAUCUGACUGACCAAUGGAGAUUUCGCUCUCUCACUGUUUAAAACAAACUUGUCAUUUUUAGAAGAGGUAAAUCGUAACUUCAGUAGACACCAAUAAGAAAGAUUUUGUGAAAUAGACUAGUUUCAUUUACUCAGUCAACUGUUUCUAGCUGUCUCAAUUGGAAUACAUACAUUUAUAUAACUGGCUGUGCUUGAGCCUUUUUUGCCAGCAGCUUUAGGUCAGUAAUGCACUUGGCAAUUGUCUCCUUUUUCUCCUGUGCAGAGAUGCUCUGCACCACGUGCUUCUCCACGCAAUUUAUCAUGUGUUCUUAUUCCUUUCGAUGCAUCAUGUUCUGCACAGAUAGCCAAGGCAAUUUUUUACAUCCUUAUAUACUCUAUGCAAUUGUUCCGGGUAAGUAACCUCCAAAGCUAUAGCAAUGUUAUUAGUCUGCACAUCAAAAAGGUAAUGGCACUUCUGAACCUCUGAACCAGUGCCUGCUGUGCCUUCUCCAAAUCAACUGCAUCCUGGAUUUUUUUUUUUUUUUUAGAAUAUUUCCUUUAUUUUAUUUUA